UGCCAAAUUUCCCUACUAAACCAACCAACCAUGGAAGCCAAAUCGUUUCUUUCUUCUUCUUCUUCUUCUCCCUUCACGCUCUCUUCCCUUCCUUCUCCUCUUUUGCCUCAACAUCUCCACUACAAGGGCCUGUUCUCAGUUCCUGUAAAUCCGCAGACAUGUCGAAUAGCCGUUGUCCACGAGAAGUUCAGCUUCUGCACAAAGGCAAAUCUUAGAGGAAAUGUGCAGGUGACUGGAGUUCCGACUUCUGUUCCGGUGAGAGUAGCACACGAGCUUUAUCAAGCUGGGCAUCGAUAUUUGGAUGUUAGGACUCCUGAAGAGUUCAGUGCAGGGCAUGUUCCUGGGGCCAUUAACAUUCCUUACAUGUACAAACUUGGAUCAGGAAUGGCAAAGAACCACAGUUUUCUGGCAGAAGUAUCAGCACACUUUGGACAAUAUGAUGAGAUUAUAGUUGGGUGCCAACUUGGGAAGCGGUCUCUAAUGGCUGCCACUGAUCUUCAAGCUGCUGGCUUUACUGCUGUCACUGACAUUGCGGGAGGGUAUGCCGCGUGGACUCAGAACGGGCUUCCGACGGAAUGAUGAUGUUGUAGCCACAGAAUAAGGUGCUGAUACAAUAAUAAACUAAGAAGA